AUGUGGCGGCUUGUAUACCUGGUCCUGCUCUUUGUCCGCAUCUAUCUUGCCCUGUGUCCGAGUUAUCUGCACCCAGAUGAGAUCUUUCAAGGCCCAGAGCCGAUCGCGGGCUAUAUCUUUUCCUAUCCGAGUCAGCAGACAUGGGAAUGGACAUCUUCCCACCCAAUCCGAAGUGUCUUCCCCCUCUGGCCCGUUUAUGGUUUGCCGAUGAUCCUGUUGAAGUGGAUAUGGGCGCAAGAUGAAGAUGGCCUCGUCAGUCCGCUGGCAAUAUACUACACGCUCCGCCUGGUGAUGUUUGGAUUCAGCUUUGUCAUCGAGGAUUGGGCAGUCCAUGACUUGGUCCGGUCUCCUCGACACAGGAACCAGGCUGUCAUACUGGUCGCGUCUUCGUAUGUGACAUGGACCUUCCAAACUCAUACUUUCUCGAACUCCGUGGAGACUCUCCUUGUUCUAUGGAGCCUCAUUGUUAUAGAACGAAUCAUGGCUGAAAAUAAGCGAUCAGCGAUUGCCUCGAGUAUUGUGCUGGGGUUCCUGCUCGUCUUUGGAACUUUCAACCGCAUUACUUUUCCCGCUUUCGUUGUGAUACCCGGCAUGCAACUAUUGCCACACUUUUGCAAUAGACCCUUUUGCUUCAUUGCCAUGACCCUCUCCGGGGUCUUUUGGACCAUCAUUGCCAUCAUCGUUGAUACAGCAUACUAUACUGGACCAGCGGCGACGAGGUCCUUUGGGGUUUUGUAUCAUCACGUCCGACAUGCUCCUGUAUUCACACCCCUCAAUAAUCUCCUGUACAAUAGUCAAACCACGAACCUUGCCCAACACGGCCUCCAUCCGAACUAUCAACACCUGCUCGUCAAUCUCCCACAGCUCCUCGGACCGGCAUUAAUCGUCCUGAUCGCUUCCGCCUACCCUUUCAACCUCCGGGUGCUGAAGACGAUGAUGAAGAACACCCGGCUCUCUUCUGCUGUGACCGCGACACUACUCCUCAGCAUCAUUCCUCAUCAAGAACCACGCUUCUUGCUUCCUAUCGUUCCCUUAUUGCUCACCUGCAUCCGCCUCCCCACUUCGAAGCUAUGGAGCAGAACAUUCUGGAUCAGUUGGGCAACCUUCAACAUUGCACUUGCAACAAUCAUGGGCAUCUACCAUCAAGGGGGCGUUAUUCCCAUGCAGCUUGAUGUACCAUCCAUCAUUACUCAGUCCAUCGAAGUGACCCACUCCACCGCCCACAAUAUAGAGAUCUUCUGGUGGAAAACCUAUCCUCCCCCGAACUUUCUUCUCGGCAACGAGCCCCUACAUCCGGCAACGAAUCGAUCGCUUAACAUCUCGACGGUGCCCCUUAUGGGAUUUCCUCAAAGUGAACUGGUCUUCAUGCUGAUGCAGCACAUGCCAACAUGCGAUCCAUCCCUCAUUGAGCGUUUGCUUUUGCACAAGGAGAAAACGGACGUUUUUGUGGUGGCACCCUUGGCCGCGUGGCGCCUUGAAGAUCAGGACGAGUACCCUCCGGCUUCGAAUUUCAGCUUCUCCGUGGCAUUCAAUGUUCCGCCGGCAAGCUUGAGCAUGACCAAUCUAGCGACGUACCGAAGACACGUGAACCUGGAUGAUAUGGACUUCGCAGAUGAUGGUGUUGUUCCUACGCUGAAGAGGGUGGUGGGAAGACGCGGGUUGGGAAUCUGGAGAGUAGAUAGCAUCUGCGGACCUGUCGUACUCGUCGACGACCAGGGUAGAGAGCUGCCAAGUCAGGGGCCGGAUCGUCAGGAACCGGAUCUGGAAGAUGGGACACCGCCGGCUCCUGUGUCGUUGGAGCCAGGUGACGCAGCUGGUGCUACUUCUGCUGAGGUUGCAGCCUGA